AUGUCGCUCCAAGCCGCGACCAACAACCUACCUCCCAGGUUCGCCACUGCAACCGGGGAUAUGUCACACUCAGUACUAUUCGUCGGCUGCACGAGCAUCACGAGCAUAUGCCAUGUUUUCAAUAUCCAGGGACAGAACUCCACAACACCCAUACACACAUUGUUACCAGAUGGACCAGAGCACACGCAAAGGACCGGCGUCACAGUGCCAGUCACCGUGGCAGGACAAGCCCACCACCACCUGGGCAACCACACCCAGCCAACGAGCACCCACACACACACCCGCUUUACCGUUCUCGCCGCCGAUAUAUCGACACAGAUAUUCUCACCCCGGGAGGUUGAUAGAGACUCCCUCCUCCUCACCACAGAGCAGCUGCACAACAUCUACGCAGAAGAAGAAACACAGCCGGCUCCGCAGACAGAAGAAAAAGACGAACCCACUCAUUCAUACGACACAAGCCCUAGGAUCUUACAAGACGACUCCCAAGAAGACCGCAAAACCCAUCAUCCCAUCACCCCCAAACCACCACCAUCAGCAACACCAGCCUCCACAGCCUUGGAAACCGACGCAUAUUCCACUAUCUUACAAGACCACAAACCCCAUCACCCCACCACAACCCCCAAACCACCACCAUCACCACCACCAUCACCACCACCAUCAUCAUCAUCAAAACCGACACUAUCCUCUGUAGUCGCGGAAACCGAUACGUCGCUCGGCUUGCGCUUAGUUCGGCGCUUCGACGGUAUCUUUUCGGCCGUAGACGAGGGGGGUACGAAGACGGUGAGGUAG